UUGCAGGUUCAGGCAAUAAAUACACUCCCAGCUAGUAUGGCAACUAAGCAAGGCAGUAAGUCACAGUGGGCUUAAGGUUUCAACUUGGCAACGAUAGUGGUGGCUUGUCUGUUGGUACUUAGAUAUGGCUUUUGGAAUUAAUUUGUGGAUCGUGUUGCUUUGCUCCAUAUUCUCAGAACAUUUAAGAUCUGCUUGUGCUCCACAUGAUGCCCAGCGAUUAAGAGGCUACAUGUAUUCUGGCUCUUCCCAAGUGGAAGAUGAACAGAAACAACCAGGUGAUGGCUAUCCUCAGGAUCCAAUCAAACCAACUUUUAGUACUUCAGGAUCUGUCCAGAGUGAUGCUACUCCCAGAGAGACUGGCCCCAACACCCAUAACCAGGAACUAUCCCGCAGAGGCUCUGCUUCAAGCUCUAUCCAGCCUGCCCCAAGAAUGUUAGGCCUCUCUGGCUCUAUAGCCAGUAGAACCUCUGUCAGCCACAACAAGCGUCACACCCGUGCCAGUAUAACUUCAGGCCAAAGUGUCACCAACCCUAGUGCAGUGAAGAUGGUUUCAAGUUGGGAAGCAAAGGGAAUCCAGCCCAAAACCUUUCCAUUACAGCCUCGUUCAAGCAACUCUGGAUCUGUUCAGAAUUUCCUGGGAAGCCAUUUAUUCAAAGCAACCUCCCAGAAUUCUGUGGCACAAAGUGGAAUCUACCAGUCCGUAAGGGAAGUGGCUUCCACCCCUUACCUUCAAGUUCCCUCACGUGGUUCUUCAGGAACUUCAUUUAGACCAGGUCCUCUGCAUUUUGGGUCUACUGAAGGUGGGAGUGCAACAAAUGCGUACAAGCCCAGCUUCUCUCAAUAUGUCAAGCCAUACCAGAGUAGAUAUGCCUCCGCCAGUAGUGGUUCAACUUCUAGUCAAUAUGCCCAGAGUAUAGAUGGUGCCUCCAAAAGCAGCAGUAUCCCUAUACUUAGCCUGGGGUCUAGCUCCAGUCUCUUUACCCCGAGUUCUACGCCUAGUAAAAACUCCUAUGGAACCUACAAGCCUGGCUCUACCCUUGGUGCAACACCACGCCAGAGCAUGUUUACCUCUAACCAGGGUGGCAGUGCUUCAGUCUACAGCCAGAAUGUCCUUGCCGCCAACCAGAAGCCAAGUAGCACUACACCUGCCGACAGCAACCACAGGCAAGUCUCUGGUCAGGUGGGGGACUACCAGCCUAGCUAUGUUGCCAGUAGUGGGCCAAUCUCCAUCCUCUACAGUUCUAACCAGGGUGGCAGUGCUUCAACCUACAGCCAGAAUGUCCUUGCUGCCAACCAGAAGCCAAGUAGCACUACACCUGCCGACAGCAACCACAGGCAAGUCUCUGGUCAGGUGGGGGACUACCAGCCUAGCUAUGUUGCCAGUAGUGGGCCAAUCUCCAUCCUCUACAGUUCUGCCCAGGCUGGCAGUUCUUCAACCUAUGUCCAGAAACCAAGCACCUCUAAACCUGCCCCCAGUCAAAGCUAUCAGCGCAGCUAUACUCCCAAUGCUGUGAAGUCAAUCCCUAGCUAUGCCAGAGGACCUACCCAGAGCAGUACCACCACACCUCAAAGUGUUGUUCUGGUCUACAUCUACAACAUCCCAGCACGCUAUGGUGGCACUCAUAUCCGUCGGCUCAAAGACCUGAGUCAUAGUGGGCAUAGUGCCUACACUAGCCACUCCAAAACCAGCGCAAGUGUUAACAAGCCACAGCAAAACCACACUCCACCUGCCAAACAGGAGGGUCCCAGCACUCCCUACGUCCAAGUCUCACACUCUACUAGAUGGGAGCCCAGAACAUGACUAAGUGAGAGCUGUAACCACCAGUUGAGGUGCUGAGACCAUGAAGUGAUGCCAGGCGCUGUACUUCAAUGGUUUUAAUAAAUAAUGUUGAAUCUUA